CGGGCGCGGGCUGGGCGUCCCGGGGACCCAGGAAUGCCCCCCCGCCAGCCCCCUCUGCGGGCGGGAGGAGGGCUCAGCCGGGAGUUUGGCAAACUCCUCCCCGCGUUGAGUCAUUCGCCUCUGGGAGGUUUAGGAAGCGGCUCCGGGUCGGUGGCCCCAGGACAGGGAAGAGCGGGCGCUAUGGGGAGCCGGACGCCGCGGUCCCCCGUGCACGCGGUGCGGCCGCGCCGGGGCCCCGGGCGCCGACCUCCGCCGCCGCCGCUGUCGCUGCUGCUGCUGCUGCUGCUGUGGCCGCCGCCGCUCGGGGUCGGGGGCUUCAACCUAGACGCCGAGGCCCCGGCCGUGCUCGCCGGGCCCCCGGGCUCCUUCUUCGGCUUCUCGGUGGAGUUCUACCGGCCGGGGACCGACGGAGUCAGCGUGCUGGUGGGGGCGCCCAAGGCUAACACCAGUCAGCCAGGUGUUCGGCAGGGUGGUGCUGUCUACAUGUGUCCCUGGGGCGUGGGCCCUGCUCACUGUACCACCAUUGAAUUUGACAGCAAAGGCUCCCGGAUCCUGGAGUCCUCGCUGUCCAGUACCAAGGGAGAGGAGCCUGUGGAAUACAAGUCCUUUCAGUGGUUCGGGGCAACGGUUCGAGCCCAUGGCUCCUCCAUCUUGGCGUGCGCUCCACUGUACAGCUGGCGCACGGAGAAGGAGCCACAGAGCGAUCCAGUGGGCACGUGCUACCUCUCCACAGAUAACUUCACCCGGAUUCUGGAGUACGCCCCUUGCCGUUCAGAUUUCAGCUCGGCAGUAGGGCAGGGUUACUGUCAAGGGGGCUUCAGUACGGAGUUCACCAAGACUGGCCGUGUGGUCCUGGGUGGACCAGGGAGCUACUUUUGGCAAGGUCAGAUUCUGUCCGCCACUCAGGAUCAAAUAGCGGAGUCUUACUACCCUGAGUACUUUAUCAACCUGGUGCAGGGGCAGCUGCAGACCCGCCAGGCCAGCUCCAUCUACGAUGACAGCUACUUGGGAUACUCCGUGGCUGUGGGUGAAUUCAGUGGUGACGACACAGAAGACUUUGUUGCUGGUGUACCCAAAGGGAACCUCACCUAUGGCUAUGUCACCAUCCUUAACGGCUCAGACAUCCACUCCCUCUACAACUUCUCAGGGGAACAGAUGGCCUCCUACUUUGGAUAUGCUGUGGCUGCUACAGACAUCAAUGGGGACGGGCUGGAUGACCUGCUGGUGGGGGCGCCCCUGCUCAUGGAACGGACAGCUGAUGGGCGGCCUCAGGAGGUGGGCAGGGUCUACAUCUACCUCCAGCACCCAGCCGGCAUACAGCCCACACCCAUCCUCACCCUCACCGGCCGAGAUGAGUUCGGCCGGUUUGGCAGCUCCUUGACCCCUCUGGGGGACUUGGACCAGGAUGGUUACAAUGAUGUGGCCAUUGGGGCUCCCUUUGGUGGGGAGACCCAGCAGGGAGUCGUGUUUAUAUUCCCUGGAGGUCCAGGAGGCCUGGGCUCUAAGCCUUCCCAAGUUCUCCAGCCCCUGUGGGCAGCUGGCCACACCCCAGACUUUUUUGGCUCUGCCCUUCGAGGAGGCCGAGAUCUGGAUGGCAAUGGAUACCCUGAUCUGAUUGUGGGGUCCUUUGGUGUGGACAAGGCGCUUGUGUACAGGGGUCGCCCCAUCGUGUCUGCCAGCGCCUCCCUCACCAUAUUCCCUGCCAUGUUCAACCCUGAGGAGCGCAGCUGCAGCUUGGAAGGAAACCCUGUGUCCUGCAUCAACCUUAGCUUCUGCCUGAAUGCUUCUGGAAAACACGUGCCCAACUCUAUUGGCUUUGCAGUAGAGCUCCAGCUGGAUUGGCACAAACAGAAAGGAGGGAUCCGCCGGGCGCUGUUCUUGACCUCCAGGCAGGCCACCCUCACUCAGACCCUGCUCAUCCAGAACGGGGCCCGGGAAGACUGCAGGGAGAUGAAGAUCUAUCUCAGGAACGAGUCAGAAUUCCGAGACAAACUCUCCCCAAUUCACAUUGCCCUCAACUUCUCCUUGGACCCCAAAGCUCCCAUGGACAGCCAUGGCCUCAGGCCAGUCCUACAUUACCAGAGCAAGAGCCGGAUAGAGGACAAGGCUCAGAUCUUGCUGGACUGUGGUGAGGACAACAUCUGUGUGCCUGAUCUACAGCUGGAAGUGUAUGGGGAGCAGAAACACGUGUACCUGGGUGACAAGAACUCUCUAAACCUGACUUUUCAUGCCCAGAACAUGGGUGAAGGUGGCGCCUACGAGGCUGAGCUUCGGGUCACAGCCCCCCCAGAGGCUGAGUACUCAGGACUUGUCAGAAACCCGGGGAACUUCUCCAGCCUGAGCUGCGACUACUUUGCUGUGAACCAGAGCCGCCUGUUGGUGUGUGACCUGGGCAACCCCAUGAAGGCAGGGGCCAGCAUCUGGGGUGGCCUUCGCUUCACCGUCCCACAUCUCCGGGACACUAAGGAAACCAUCCAGUUUGACUUCCAGAUCCUCAGCAAGAACCUGAACAACUCUCAGAGCAACAUGGUUUCCUUCCUGCUCUCUGUGGAGGCUCAAGCCCACGUCUCCCUUAAUGGUGUCUCCAAGCCAGAGGCAGUAAUCUUCCCACUUAGCGACUGGCAUCCCCAAGACCAGCCUGUGAAAGAGGGUGAUCUUGGCCCUGCUGUCCACCAUGUCUAUGAGCUCAUCAACAUGGGCCCCAGCUCCAUCAGCUGGGGUGUGCUCGAGCUCAGUUGUCCUCAGGCUCUGGAUGGCCAGAAGCUCCUCUAUGUGACCAGGGUGACGGGACUCAGCAACUGCACCACCAGCUACCCCCCUAACCCUAAGGGCCUGGAGCUGGAUCCCGAGGGCACCUCACACCACCUGCAGAGACGAGAAGCUCCGGUUCGGAAUCCUGCCUCCUCAGGGACUCGGGUCCUGAAAUGUCCAGAAGCUGAGUGUUUCAGGCUGCGCUGUGAGCUUGGGCCCCUGCACCGGCAACAGAGCCAAAGUUUGCAGCUGCACUUUCGAGUCUGGGCCAAAACCUUCUUGCAGCGGGAACAGCAGCCAUUUAGUUUGCAGUGUGAAGCUGUCUACGAAGCUCUGAAGAUGCCCUACCGAAUCCUGCCUCGGCAGCUGCCCCAAAAGAAACUUCAGGUGGCCACGGCCGUGCAGUGGACGAAGGCAGAAGGCAGCAAUGGCGUUCCGCUGUGGAUCAUCAUCCUGGCCAUCCUUUUUGGCCUGCUGCUCCUCGGUCUGCUCAUCUAUGUCCUCUACAAGCUUGGCUUCUUCAAACGCUCCCUCCCGUACGGCACAGCCAUGGAAAAAGCUCAGCUUAAACCUCCAGCCACCUCUGGUGCCUGAGUCCUGAUCCCAGACUCCUGACCCAGAAGAGCCAGUCUCCCACCCUCUGUCUGCUGACAGGGAUGGAGCUGGGCACUUCCUGAAGGUGCUGAGGGCCAGGGAGAAGCUCCUCUCCCUAGCCCAGAGACAUACUUGAAGGGCCAGUGCUGGGGGGGUGAGAGCGGACUAGAAGCUGGGGACCGCGCCUCCCGUGCUCUGUGAAGGACCCUUGUUUACACUUGCCCUCUCGCCCAUGGGGGCCUCAGAUCCAGGGACAGAAGCCCCAGCCUUCCUGUAGCCUUUGCAUUUUUGGAGCUUCUUGGAAACAGCUUGGAGCCAUAACUAGCAAUCUCAUCAUGGUUCUUCGGACCAGACAUGCCACCAUGACUUCCUGCCCAGCUCCGACUUGCAAAGAUGUGCCAUCCGCCUUGCCAGAGAUCCAAAGGAAGAUCACCGCUAACAGCCUGGGACUUGGGGAAUGAGACCUGGUACCUCCAACAGCCCCUGUCUUGGAGGGCCAAUAAGGAACACUAACUGUGGAUGGUGCCCCAGGACCAGCUCAGGACAGAUCCCAAACAAAGGUUAGCGCUGGCUGGUUCUGGUAGAGUCAGAACUCAAAUGGAGCCAGAUGCAGCCUGGGACCAGGGGUUGCUCUGGAGCUCAGCCUGAGGCAGGAGAGCCUAAACCAGCAGGCCCUGGUCUGAUUUGGGUGUGCUUCAGACCUGGCCUAGGACUCAGCUCGUCCCUGACUUAGGACAAGUCGAAAAUUGCCCAGGACCCUGACUGCAAUGGCAACAGAUCUGGAACCUCUGCCUGACCAGAUGCAGGCCUGACAAGUCCCCAGAGGAAGGGGAAACCUAGGCCCGCAGGACCUGGGUUCUGCCCACCAGCUGCACUGACACCGCCCCUCCCUCCCUCUGUCCAACCCUCCCCUUGGCUCUGGACCCCUGGAACUUAUUUAAACUCUGUUGCAAGUGCAAUAAACCCUCCCCACUGCCCCACUGA